AUGCUGUACAAAGUAGCCCUCACCAGAGUCACCACUCGCGUAGCGUCCAAUACUCCGAUUCGCAUGGCACCAUUCGACAAUCUGGACCACUACCAUCGUACAGAGAGUAAACUCGACUCUCUCAUCGCUCUCGACGUUUCAUCAGAGUCGAAUGCCAAUGAUACAACCGCCAUACCAGUGCGCCUCGAUUGGCAUCUCAACGGCGGGUCGACGACACGCGCUUUGUGUUCAGCACGCUUUCAAGUUCCAACAAGCGGCGGUUGCCCAACACCCGCUUAUUCGAGGUACCGCUCGCCAGCAGGGCUACCGUUGGAGCGUCCUGAUCUCGUCCCUUUCCCGUCGGCGCCAUCCCUGCUCGACUUCCACCUUCCCCAUGCGAUAGUGUGGAUGGCUGAGAACACGCGCCCAAUGGGAGCCGACGCCGACGAGAUUUGGAGCUCUAGCGAGACGACGAUGCACAACGACCCAGGCUCUGGGAAAAUCAAUACCAUCAACACUGAGUCUCGAUUUCGUGCACAAGUCGAAAACCUUCUCGAUGCCCAUGUCUUCUCUCUGCGGGUUCGCGCACCGGGAUACAUGCCGGGCCAGUUGGAUUGUUUACAGUUACACGCGAGUUGCACACGCGACUCCUUGCUCAGGGCCGCAGGAACACUCAGACGUCAGCCUUGGGACAACUUAAUCGGCACAAAAGAGCCCCAUCAUCUGUUCGAGACGGAGUUCUGGCUUUCGAAGGGCUUCGAUGGCCGUGACACGAAUGCUCUAUCCGACUCUGUGGAACUCAAGCCCGGGGCUCGGAAUCUAGUGCCCAGGCCCAUGUUCAGUUCUCGUCCUCCCCCAGUGUCGUCACAGGUGCAGGACAGUGAUUGA